AUGUCGGCUCGUGCAGCAGCUGCAGCCCGUGUAGGCUCCUCGUCAAGGGGCCGCAAUCGCGGGCAUGGUGAUCUCGUCCAGACAUCCUACGAGUCAAAAGACGUGGACAUUCCCUCAGACUAUCUCAAAUCACAGCCCUACGAUGCACAGCCUAUUACUCUCAAGGCCAUCAAUUUCAAGGAGACCGUAUUGCCCGAAUUCGACGGUGGAUACGCAGUAGUAUUAGACAAUGUCCUCAGCCCAUCUGAAUGCGCCAAACUGAUCCAGUUGGCCGAAGAAAGCGUGCUAGAAAAAGACAAGGGCGCCGACGGCGACCCCUGGCGACCGGCCCUGGUCAACGCCGGCGGCGGCUUCGAGGUCCUCGUCCCCGACUACCGCAACAGCGAGAGGAUCAUUUGGGACCAGCAGGAGAUUGUCGACCGGCUGUGGGCGCGCAUGGAGCGGGUGCCCGGGAUCCAGGAGAGGCUGGCUCGCUUCAACGAGUCGCAGCUCCUGGGUUACACCAAGCCGAGCUGGAAGCCGCAUCUCGACUGGGAAUUUCACCGGCUCAAUAAGAGGAUGCGCUUCCUCAAGUACGGCCCCGGUCAGUUCUUUCGACCGCACUGCGACGGCCCGUAUGGGGAGCAAAAAGACGACAAGACCAUUUUGCAGACGCACUUUACCCUACACUUGUACUUGAACGACUCCAAGGCUGAAGUCGGUGACGAGGCCGAGCUGGAGGGAGGCGCAACAUCGUUUUUGUCGUCGGAUGAGAAGCGCAAGCUGGAUGUAGACCCGAAAGCAGGCCGAGUACUCAUUUUCCAGCACAAGCGAUUAUACCACUCUGGUGAUGAUGUCAAGGCGGGUAUCAAGUAUACUGUGCGGACAGAUAUCAUGUACGAACUCAAGAGGGAACAGUAA